AUGCUGAAAUUUCGAACUCAAGGGUAUAAUGGAUAUUCGCUACAAUUCAGUCCGUUUAUUGAGAAUAAAAUAGCAUGUGCUGCAUCAGCAAAUUUUGGGCUAGUGGGUAACGGGAGACUAUUUAUUUUAAAUACCGGGAUUGGACCUGAAGGUGUUGAGGUUGAAAGAAUAUAUGAUACGCAAGACGGAUUAUUUGAUUGUUCAUGGAGUGAAAUUAAUGAGAAUCAAGUAGUAACAGCAAGUGGUGAUGGUUCUAUAAAAUUAUGGGAUAUCAAAUUAGCCGAAUUUCCAAUUCAAAAUUGGCAUGAGCAUAGUAGAGAGGUAUUUUCGGUUGAGUGGAAUCUAAUUAAAAAAGACACUUUUGUUAGUGGAUCAUGGGAUCAUUCAAUCAAAUUGUGGGCACCGGAGAGACCGCAAUCAUUGAUCACAUUCAAUAUAGAACAUACAAAUUGCAUUUAUAAUACGAUAUGGUCCCCUAAUAAUCCGGAUUUAUUUGGUUCAGCUUCUGGAGAUAAUACAGUAAAAAUUUGGGAUACAAAACUUCCUCAUUCAAUACAAACCAUACAAGCACAUCCAAAUUUUGAAACACUUUCAAUGGAUUGGAAUAAAUACCAAGAAAAUGUCAUAGUAACAGCAUCAUCUGAUAAAUCUAUUAAACUAUGGGAUUUAAGAAGACCUGAUCGUGAAUUAUUGUGUUUACAAGGUCAUGAAUAUGCUGUAAGAAGGGUAAAAUGUUCUCCUCAUAAUGGAAAUAUAAUUGCUAGCGUUAGCUAUGACAUGACUAUGAGAAUAUGGGAUAUUUCAAGACAAAACAAUCCUUUGGUGAACGUUUAUGACGGUCAUUCUGAAUUUGUAGUGGGUGUGGAUUAUAAUUUGUAUAUUGAAGGUCAAAUUGCUACAUGUGCUUGGGAUGAAAAUGUUCAUAUUUUUCAACCACAAGGCUUAUUGGGUUAA